AUGGAUGAACAGCCUGAGAAUAAAAAUAUUGCCCUCCCACAUAUAAAUCUGGAGGGGGUGAAGAACUCAACAACAUCAUUAUCCUCAGCACCAUCAUCACCAAUGACCCUACGGAAGUCGCCAAGCAUGAAGCAGAAUUGUCUGUGCUCGCCAACGACACAUGCUGGAUCUUUCCGGUGCAGGUACCACAGAAACCCUAGCCUUUCCCGCAGUAGCGGUUCCAUUGGCUCUAAGCUCUCAGAGUUGGUUGCUGGCCCUAAGCUCUCAGAGUUUGAGAGUAAACCAAGCAGAAUGUGCGACCUUAGUGCAGAAUAA